CCCCCCUCUGACCCCUGACCUCCCGCCACCCGGAACCGGAAACGGGGAGAUCGAGGUUGAGGCUGCCAUGCAGCCACAAGAAGAAAAGCAGUUGGAGGCAUCUGUGGACGCCAUUAUCAGUCGGGUGGCUGAUUUGAAAAGCUCUUUGGCAGCUUUCAUCCUCAAAUUAGAGAAUGAAUUUGAACGAAUGAACUGGCCUUCAGUAUUGGAUAACUUUGCCUUGGUAUCUGGCCAGCUGAACACUUUGAACAAGCUCCUGAGAAAUGAAAAAACACCACUGUUAAGAAAUCAAGUCAUCAUUCCAUUGCUGCUUUCUCCUGACCGUGAUGAUGAACUAAUGAAACUAACAGAGGGUCGAGUUCCUGUUUUCAGUCAUGAGGUGGUUCCUGAUCAUCUCCGAACCAAACCAGACCCAGAAGUAGAAGAACAGGAGAAGCAAUUGAGUACAGAGGCAGCACGCUUAGCACCUGAUGUAGCUCAGAAACACAUCCAGUCAUUGAACAAAAUGUGUAGCAAUUUACUUGACAAACUUAACAACACUCGGGAGGAACGGGAGUCUGAGAGUGGAGCUUCCCGUCAGAACAAGCAGACCUUUAACCCAGCUGACACCAAUGCUUUAUUGGCCGCUAUUGGAUUUGGGAAAGGAUUGUCCAAACCAAUUAGACCAACUCCCCAAGGUGGACCAGUCUCGUCAGGUCAGCCUGUGCCAGGUGCAAGUCUCCAGGGUGGUCCAAAUAUAGCACAGGUGUCAAUACAAAGUGGGUCUAACCAACAGGGUAUGCAAGGCCAGGUUCCGCCACAGCAAGGUCAGCCAGGUAAGAUGCCAAGCACCAUAAAAACCAACAUCAAGUCUGCAUCAAUGCAUCCGUAUCAGAGAUGAGCACUGAAAUAUAACCCAACUAAGGCUGUCAAACAAUUACAAGGGAGUCUCUGAAGACCUCAACAAGAAAAUUGAGAUCACAUGGAAUGAGAGUUACUCCACCAAGUAAAGAAUCAGUUUUAAAAGGGAUCUGGUCAUAAAUUGACAUUUUUUUGGCUGGUCAAGAAGCCUGUGUGCAAAUAGAAUCUACUGUACUUAGGUUUUAUUUUCUAAACUUGGUUAAAUUAUACACUUCAGUGGAGGUGAUUCACUGAUCUGGCAUGUAAAACAAAUAUUUGCCUAUUGCUCCUGAACCUCAACAAGGUUCAUACAAGGGACAUUCCAGUAAUCACUAAAUCUGUUCCUAGUGAUGUCCUUGAGGUAGGUAAACUGUAUAAUUAAAAAUUAAUCACUUCCAUUUUUAUAUCUUAACCAGAAGGUUACUAUCAAUUUGCAUAUGAUCAAAUCUUGCAGAGUGUCAAAUUUUACAUUUUUAGAUCUGACUUUUAAGAGUAAGCCAGUAAUGUAAAUUGACUGACCUAGUAUGUGACCAAGUGUGGAAAGAAGGAGCUCUGGCAGAAUUGAAAUCAAUAGGAAUCGGGGCAAAACUUUCCACUGGCUGGAGGCACUCAACGCAUGAAGAAAGCUGACUAUGGUUAUUGGAGGCUAAUAGUCUUAGCCUCAGGACAUCACUACAAGAACUCCAAGGCCCAACUACCUUGGCUGCUCCAAUAAUCAUUGCAUCAUAAAAGUGAAGAUGUUCUCUGAAAAUUGCACUAUGUUUAGUAUCAUUCACAGCUCUUCUUAUACUGAAGCAGUUAAUUCCCAGGUCUUUUUGCAUGUGGAUAACAUGUAUGCUUAACCUGAUGACAUUUAUAUCAAACAAGUGCUAAAUAAUGUUUUCGCCAGUGAGUGUAAUGUAGUCAUCACCCCAUGACCUUACUGCUCUUACUAUCAUUGAAUCCCUCAGCGUCAAAUCCUAGGACAUAAUAUUCACGAGAAAUUAACUGCCCAGGCAUAAGUAGUGAGACUGAAAGUGCAGGCCAGCAAUGGAGAAUUCUCCAGUGAACAACUAAGCUGACUCCCCAAGUCGUGUCAACCACCUAUGAAGCACAAGUCAGGAGAGUGAAGAAUAUUCCCCACUCAACUGAAUGAGUGCAGCUGCAACACUCAAGAAGCUGGACACCAUCCAGAAUAAGGCAGUUCACUUGAUGGAGCAUGACUUAAUUGAAGUGUAUAUAGAUCCUGAACCAUCUUGAUUCAGUUAAUGUUGAAAUGACAUUUCCUCUUAAUGAAUCCAGAACUAGAGGGCACUAUUUUGAAAUUAGGGGUUGCCCUUUUAGGAUAGAUCAGUUUUGUUUUUCUCCUUGGGAAAAACUUUAGAACACAGUCUCAAAUGGUGGUGGAUACAUGAACAGUGAAUAUUUUUAAAGGUAGAGGUAGAUCGAUCUUGUGAAGCAAAGAUCAAAGGUUAAUUGGUGUAGCUGGGACUGUGGAAUUCAGAACAUGCAACCAUUGUCAUACUGAAUGACAGAGGUCAAGGUGCCAAAAGGCCUUUUGUUCCUAGUUUAUAUUCUAUGUCUGCACCAACACUUCACCCACCACCAAUGCAUAUAAUGCCAGAAUUGUAUACCAUCUACAAGUUUGAGAUGGCUAUUGUCUGGCAUGUGUGUGGUGCAAAUGCCACUUGUCAGCCUAAGGCCUGGAUAUUACACGGAGUAAAUCAAAUUGACUGAUUUUAUUGCUGGUGAUCUCUGAGGAGGCUAAGAUAUGUCAUCCACUUGUCUCUUCUGGCUAAAGAUCACAGCAAAUGCGUCAGCCUUAUCUUUGCACUUGCAUUGAACUCUUCAUUCAUUAAGAAUGGGAAUAUUUGUGGAGCUUCCUCCUCUGAUGAGUUCUUUAAUUGUCCACUAUCAUUUAUGAUUGGAUGUGGCAGGAUUUUAGAGUUUAGAUCUGAUCUGUUGGUGGUGGGAUUGCUUAGUGCUGUCUAUCACUUACUACUUAAGCUGUUUGGCAUACAAGUAGUCCUGUUUGGUGGCUUCACCAAGUUGAUACCUCAUUUUUAGUUAUGUCUGGUGCUGCUCCUGGCAUGCCCUCCUGCACUCACCAUUGGCCCAGAGUUGGUCCCCUGAUUUGAUGAUAAUGGCUGAGUCAGCAAUAUGCUGGGCCAGGGAGGGUACAGAUUGUACUGGACUACAGUUCCACUGUUGUUAAUAGCCCACAGUGCCCAUCUUGUGUUGAUAGAGCUGUUUGAAGUCUGUCCCAUUUAGGACGGUGAUAAUGCCACACAUGAUGAUGGAGGGUUUUCUCAACAUGAAGGUCGGUCUUUGUUUCCACAAGGAUUGUGUGGUAGUCACCCUGAUUGAUACUGUCAAGGACAAACAUAUCAACAGCUGGCAGAUUGGCAAGGAUGAAAUAAGUUAUGUUUUUCUCUCGUUAACUCCUUCACCACCUGCUGCAGACCCAGUCUAGCAGAUGUGUUCUUUAGAAUCCUGCCAAGUCAUUCUUGGUGGUGGACAUUAAAAUCCCCCAGCCAGAGUACAUUUUUGCACCAUUGCCACCCUCGGUGUUUCUUCCAAGUGUUGCUCAACAUGGAGGAGUCCUGAUUCAGCAGCUGAGGGAGGAUGGUAUGUGGUAAUUAACAGAAGAUUGUGUUGCCAGUGUUUAUAGAGGAACCUCAAUUAUCCGAAAGACAUGAGUGGGGAUUAUUUUGUUUGGUUAAUUGAAUGCCGAUAACACAGUUUAGCCAAGCAUCGGGACGUUCCAAUCUUGUUUGGAUAAUCAAGGUUCCUCUGUACCCUAUAUCACCUUAGAAGGACAAAAGCACCCAAUGUUUGGGAUUACCACCAUAAAUGCAAAUCCCCUCAUAAGGCAUUCCUUCUUUUAAGAGUUGGAACUGUUUUGCCAUUUCUUCACUUGUUGCAGUGAAAUCUUGGAACUCCCAAACAACAAAAUGAUUGGACUUGUACAAACCAGACUGCACUAGCUCAAGUUCUGGCUCCCCUUCACCUUUUCAGUUGCAGUGGCCAACAACGCAUGCUGACCUUGACAACUUUGUUCCAAGAUAAGGUAAAAACAUUAAAACCUCAUGUAGUUUGUAUUAUCUUCCCUCCCCUGCCACCUCUUUCAGAUUGUGGUUUGACCCCUCUCCUUUACCAAUAGUAUUUAAUGAUGGCAUCUCAAAAUAGUAAAGAAUUUUACAUUUGUCCUGUGCUCUGGAAGCUCACAAAUCUCCUAUGGGUAAAGAUGAUAGCCUUACUUUCAUCCAAUUAUGAAUUGGAUCCAAAUUUUAGAAAAAUUAAGCAUGGUGAGUUUACAAUUACACCUGGUAUAGAAAUCACUUAAAAAUAAUCUGCAUCCUGGAUUGCCUUCCCCAAGAUACACAAGACUUGUCCAGAUUUUCAUUUGCUAAAAUCAAAACACUCAGUCCUCUUUGGGAUUUGGAUAUGACUGAAAGAGAAGGGUCAUUUGAAGUGUAACCACAUCUGGAUGAAACAGGGAUAACUGGGUGAGACUUGGAGAUUAUAAGCACCAUAAAGUGGCAUUGGAGACAAAAGCAAGGAAAUUGAAAAUAAAGAGUAUGUUAAUAAUUCUACCAAUAAAUGUAGCACCACAAAACUUCAA